AUGAUUGAUCCUAAUGUUCGUAAUAGAGAAUCUAUAGCUGAGUUUUCGAAUCAAUCCCUGCGUUCAAUGAUACAAGUCCUAAGUACUGGAUUGAAAGUCUGCCAUAUCAAUGCGCAAAGUUUGAGUCCAAAAUUAGAUGAAAUUCGGUAUUUAUUUAUAAAUUCCAAGAUUGACGUGGUUUGCGUUAGUGAAACAUGGUUCUCUGUGGAUUCUGUGUGUUGUGUGGAAGGAUAUAAUGUUUUUCGUUGCAACAGAACUGGUCGGGUUGGUGGGGGUGUUGCUAUUUUCACACGAAAUGAAUUACAUUGCAAAUUAAUACGUAAAUCUCAAGCAGGUAGUGAUUUAGAAUACGUAUUUGUUGAAAUAAGGUGUAAUAACAAUAAAAUAAUGUUAGGGUCAGUGUUUUGUCCUCAUCGCAAUAUAGACAUAUCACCUCUCUUCUCAGUAUUGGAUGAACUAUUAUAUGUGUCACCGUCUGUUAUCGUUGCUGGAGAUUUUAAUAACAAUGUCCUCAAGAGCUCUGAGCUUACGCAUAGAAUGGCACCUCUUGGCCUAUUUCCAGUAAAUACUUUAACACCUACUCAUUUUACCAAGGACAAUAGCACUCUACUUGACUUGUUUUUUGUUAGUCAUCUUAGUAAAGUUCUUCUUUAUGAUCAACUACCUGCUUCUGGUUUCUCUCGUCAUGAUUUAAUUUAUUUAACCUUUGAAUGUAGACCAAUUUAUCAACCUUCUUAUUACAGCUUUAGAGAUUUUAAAAAUGUCGAUAGACGGCAGUUAGAAAUAGAUCUGAAUAAUAUUGAGUGGUUUCGAAUAUACGGUAUCCUUUCUGUGGAUGACCAAAUAUCUUUUCUUCAAACGAAUAUAAACUAUCUCUAUGACUUACAUGUUCCCCUGACUAUAAAGCAGUUUCGAAGGAAAAAUCAAUCUUGGUUUAACAAUAAUAUUAAGGCUUUAAUAAGGGAACGUAAUAUAGCAUACAAACGUUGGAAAUUAUUUAGGCUCGAUGAAUUGUACCAUGCAUAUAAAGUUUUAAGAAAUAGAGUGAUUAGUGAUAUUCGUGAGGCAAAAAAACGAUUUUACGCACCAAAGUUAGAUCCGUCACUUGCCAAAAAUGAGCUAUGGAAGAAUCUUAAGGACAUUGGUGUGGGCAAGCAAGUCAACGAGAAAUCUGUUAACUGUGACGAACUUAAUAAAAAAUUCACUUCAGGAACUAUAGAAGGCCUUGAAAAUAGUUCUAAUGUGUCGCAUUUAACUGAUUAUCCUUUGAAUGAACUGCCUUCACGUUUUUAUUUCUCUGCGGUUGAUGAGGCUGAUGUUUUAGAAAGCAUCUUAGCCAUCAAAUCUAACUCCGUGAGUAUUGACGGUAUACAUCCAGUUUUCUUAAAAGCCAUAUUACCUUACGUUCUGAAAUACAUAACGCACACAAUUAACACAAUCUUUAUGAGCGGUACCUUUCCCUCUGUUUGGAAACAAACUAAGGUGAUACCUAUUCCUAAGAAUCGUGAUUGUGAUGAUUUUCGACCCAUCGCCAUUUUGCCUUUUCUUUCAAAAGCCGUAGAAAAAUUAAUUAAUAUGUAUUAA